GUCACCUUCAGAUGGGGGAGGGGAUCUCGUGCAGCAGACAACAAAAAGAUCAGGGAGAGAGGCUGCUGGGGGGAGCAAUAGCCCCUGCAUGACCUCUUGAGCUGGGGCUGUACAAAGGCAGACUCUGUGUUGAAUCCCCCCGCCCAUUCUCAUAGGCUUCCCCAUUCCCGUGGGCGGCACUUUCUCCCAGCGUUUGAAAUAUACUUGUUGCAGCUCUCUCUGCCUCCCGCCGCCACUUCCUCCUCCUGCACUCGGCACCUCUGGCCGCUCCACGGGGGCUCCCUUCUGAUUCCUGCAAGAAAAGCCGCCGGGCGGGCAGAUAAGCGGCAUCUAACCAGUGACGUAAGAGGUGGUGAUCUACCAGACAUUAUGAUGAUUCACUCUGGUGGAAAUGAUCUGGGCCUUAUUCCUGGUGCACGCCUCAUAAAAUACAACAAUGAAUGUGGAACAUGAAAUUAACCUCUUAGUUGAGGAGAUUCGGCGGCUGGGGACCAAAAAUGCUGAUGGAAAGCUGAGUGUGAAGUUUGGUGUGCUCUUUGCUGAUGAAAAAUGUGCCAACCUCUUUGAGGCCCUAGUGGGCACUCUUAAGGCUGCAAAACGAAGGAAGAUUGUUACUUACCCAGGAGAGUUACUUUUACAAGGUGUUCAUGACAAUGUCGAUAUUUUGUUACUGCAGGACUAAUGCAGUUUGCACUUCUCCUGUGCAUUAGUUAAUUUGUUUCAGGUAAAUGAUAUGCAGACAUUUCAGAUCAAGGCAAAUCAUCCUAGCGUGUUUUGAUGUAUUUUUCUAUAACUUUAUAGCAAAAAGGAGAUGUCUUAUUUUGGAAAAUAUUUCUUUUUGUAUUCCUUCUGUGAACAUUACUGUAAAUGAUUGUAAGGUAAAAGACACAAAAUCUCUCUUUUUAACUCAGGUAAUACAUUUAAAAAAUGCAUCUCUCAGUUAUUGUCACCAUGAAAGAAGAGACAGAACUGGUAACUUAUCUGUGUUUACAAACCAAAAUCUGCUGUGAAAGUAUAAAAUAAAACAUGCCUAAAUUUAUAUAA